GUCCAAAUCUCCUCCUUUUCCUUCCGCAACUUCUUCCGUCCACAUCUCUUCCUCUUCCUCAAUCAAACACAACAAACCAUCAAUCAAACACAACAAACCAUAUUCCUCUUCUGCUCCAAUUCUUUUCUCUCGCAACCAUGACCAGCAACUCCGGCGAAUCGGUGAUUAACCUUGACGACACCAACACUGUCAUCACGCUGAAUCCAGCGUCUCAACUUCCUGCCAAACUCUCAGGAGAUAACUUUCCCACUUGGCGUGCCCAGCUGUUCACCCUUCUCCGAGGUCUUGAUCUCCUCAAAUUUCUCGAUGGAACACAUCCAGCGCCGGCAGCUACGGCCACUCCGGCGGUUCGGACUCACUGGUUCAGACAGGAUCAACUCCUCUUACAUGCCAUUCUUGCUUCGGUCUCUCCCGGUAUUGCACCCUAUGUCUCAGCGGCUGAAUCAUCUCGUGAGGCCUGGACAAUUUUGGAACGAAUGUUUGCCGGCCAAUCCAGGCAACGAGUCAUUCAUCUAAAGGAAAAACUCCAUCGUGAAAAGCAAGGCAACCGCCCAGUCUCGAUCUACCUUCAGACCAUGCGCACCACCGCUGCAGAGCUGGCUCUCGUCAACGAUCCUGUGGCCCCUGAAGAUCUGAUUCUCCACAUCCUCCGCGGCCUGCGUGAGGAAUAUGGCCAGCUCUCGGCUGCUAUACGAGCUCGGGACACUACAAUUCGACUUGAAGACCUGCAUGACCGCCUUGUUGAUUUUGAAGCCGACUUGGCUGCAACGCACGUCCCGGCUGCGCCAACCACUGCCUUUUCCUCCUCUCGCGGCCGUUCCCGUGCGCAUACCCAGCCUCGUCGCAGUUCUCCCACACCGCUCUCCUAUGGGUAUGAUCAUUACACACAGCGCCGCCCUCCUAGUCCACACUCUCCUCGUGGAUCCUCCUCUCGGCCAUCUUCUGGCUACUCGUCCAGCCCAACGGCGCCUUCCCUUCUUGGCCGGCCUCAGCUCAUGUGUCAAUUCUGCGACAAACCCGGCCACUCAGCCAAAGACUGCUAUCGCCUUCGCGAUCGUCCACAGGUGCACCACACGACCACUAUGCACCAUUCUGAUGCUGGUUGGUUGGUGGAUUCAGCCGCCACUAAUCACAUGACACCUGAUCUUGGCGGACUCUCCCUCUAUUCCGAUUACACAGGUCCCGAUGAGGUUCUUAUCGGCGACGGGUCAGGAUCUAGCCACGGGGGCGCAGCUGCUUCGAGGCCAGAAUAAGGGUGACGUCUAUGAGCUGCCACGGGAGUCGCCAUCUAUCCGGCUGGCGUUGUCUGCGAUCAGGGUCUCUCCUACGCUCUGGCAUAACCGGCUGGGCCAUCCUCACCUCAAACUCCUAUCCCGUGUUAUUCGUAAACAGUCUCUUCCCAUUACCUCUGCUUUGUCUCAUUCUUCGUGUGAAUCUUGCUCUCUCCAUAAAAGCCACAAAUUGCCUUUUUCGGUUUCUAGUCUCUCUAGUGCCAGACCGUUUGAUUUGUUAUACAUGGAUGUUUGGGGGCCUUCGCCCAUAAUUUCUCAUGAUAAUUUUUCGUAUUAUUUAGUCAUUGUGGAUCAUUACACGCGAUAUACAUGGCUCUAUCCUAUGUCUCGCAAAUCGGAUGUUUACACCAUUUUCACCACAUAUAAAACGAUGAUCGAAAA